UACAGAGAACAUAAGAGUGUAGCACGACACAUAGAUAUUAUAUCCAGGUCUUACAUCAUGUUUUGGGCAGUCUUAUUUGUAUGCCUUUUGCAACCUUGGAGUCUCUCUGGAAUUAUUAUGCCAAACCCGAGUGGCAGUACAAAAGCGCCUAGCCUACAAAAUGACAUCACAAGCCUGACACAGACCAUCCAGUCAAUGCAACAACAGUCAGCUGCUGAAAUUUCUUCCCUGAAAGCUGAAAUCCAGGCCAUGAGAACUAAACUACAGCAAUCAUCGGAUGAACUGAUCCAGGUGAGGUCAGAACUGGACAGCAUGAAACAAAAUGCAUCAGUACAAAUGGAGCAGCUUGCAGAUCUGCAAUCGGUCAAGGAACAGGUAUUCAAUUUGUCCGAAACCCUUGCAUCGAAAACCAGAGAUGUGGCGUUUCACGUAAGCCGGCUUGACGGUGAACAGACAACCUACAUACCUCUGAAAUACCUCAAAAUCCUCUACAACUCUGGGGAUGGCUAUAACUCCACCUCAGGGACGUUCACAGCACCCGUCUCGGGAACAUACAUGUUCUGGACACAGAUAGAAAAUAUUGAGCCAAACACCUACAUGGAUGUCUGGAUCAUGAAGACUGGGAGAGGAGAUAUCCUGGCCAAUGGUUGGGUGUUAACAGAUUCUACUAUCGACGACGCUGUUGCUAAUGCCCAGACUGUCCUACACUUGGAAAUGGGCGAGGAGGUAUGGGUGGAGAUAACCGUGGAACACGAGCUAAAGGAUAGUGACUCAUCAUACUUUGGUGGAGUCCUGUUGUCAGUUCAAUGACCACGAGUCCACAAUAAAGCAACACGUCUUCAAAGAAUAUAUGUGUGAUGAUUACCUGAUCUAAAGUCAGUCAGUCGCCUUCAUGAUUAGUAUAGUGUUCAUCAGUAUUAACUAAACAAUCCCAAACAGUAAUAGAGUAUAUGAAAAAUAUAUUAAAGUAUGCCACGUUCCACUUAAAACUGAAGGUAGUGCCAAGGAUCGUAACAGAGUUAAGGUACGAUAGAUUCAAAUUAAGACAAAAUAGCAUAAAGAUUUUAACAAAGUAGAGGAAAGUAAAGUUUCUUACCUGAGCGAAUUGACUAGACAGCCACCGAUUGUUAUUGUGUUAUUGUGAAGUUAGGAUUAUAUCAUUUAGUUUGACCGAAGCAACGAUGAUAAAUAUGGACAAUAGCUGACCAGUUGCGAGUAUACCACGAAUGUAUAUUUGGCACGAGCGUGAUUUGACAAAUGUGGAAUACAAACAGCCGUUUAUGUCCGAUGCUCGUUAUCAAUGUGACCCUUGGCAGGUUACAGAUUGAGGAACGUGGUCAGUUAGUCUCUAAUAUUUCCAGUUUUCAAUAACAUAACAUCAUAAGAUAUUGGUAAAAAUAUUGGGUAGAGAUAACCGUGGAACAAUGAUUAAAGGAUAGUGACGCAUCAUA